UGGCAAGGGCCCAAAUAUACAAGCGUGCUUCUGGUCUCUUCCUUCGCUCUGCCGUCACCGUCGCCGCUUCUGCUCGCCGCCGACCUAUGGAUCCCACGGCGCCGCAGCGCGGCACCAAGCGCCCCCUGCCCGCGACCGCCGCCGGGGACGAAGACGAUGACCGCUCCGCCCUCGGGGACCGCAAGGUGCGGUUCCCCAAGGGGAAGAAGGCCAAGUACCGCGACCCUGCUGCCGCUGGCAGCAGCGGGGAGGGGGGCGCCGCCGCGGAGGACAUCGACGAGCUGAUGAACCCCGAGCUCGCGGCGGUGAAGCGAGCGCGACGGCGCCACCGCAGGGAAGGGGACGACGCGCAGGGCACCGCCAACGUCAAGGGCUUCGAAAUGCGCUACAAGGACGACGCCAACUUUAUCGAUGAUGGUAUUGAGAUAGAACCUUUUAACUUGGAGCAAGAGAGGGAAGAAGGAUACUUUGAUGAAAAUGGGAAUUUUGUGGAGUUUGCAAGAGGCAACGAUAUGAAGGAUGCCUGGUUGGAUAAUGUUGAAGUAGACACCAAAUUUGCUGGAAAGGUUCAAAAGAAAAAAGACAAAGAAGAGGAGUUCCAGGACCUUUCUUCUGAUGAUAUUGGAAAGAUAAAAAGGAGAAUAGCAAACAUGCUUGAACCAGCAGAAACGAUAAUUCAGGCUUUGAAACGAUUGAAGAGUACAUCUACUGACAAUCGGGGAAGAAUGACUGAGGGGACCAAGCACAUAUUUGAUGAGCUGACAGAAGCUGCCAUGAAUCUAAUGGAGAAUGGGGAGUACAAUGUAUAUUCAGAUGAUCGGGAGACAUUUGUACGUGAGGCUGAGGGUUAUGAACGUCUAGCACGUGCCCGACUUGGCAUACCAGAAGUUGAAGAAGAUAUAUUUGCAGACGCCACAGAGAGUGGCCCGACUACCACGUCCUUACUGGAGAUGGACAGUGGUCCUUCAGCUGCCAAUACCUCUGCGACAACUGCUAUAGCAAAUGAUGAUGAUAAUAACUUUGACAUGUUUGGUGAAAAUGACGACACUGAUGUCAAUCCUGAUUCUGAUGCAAAAACUUUAGAUUCAGGUUCCAAUCCCGAGCCAGUACCACAAGAUGCUUCUGGAACCUCAGGUGCUGAAAAGGUUGGUAAUGGAAGUGCAGACUCAGAUUAUGUCUACGAUCCAUCGUCAGGUUACUAUUACAGCAGCAGCACAGGCUAUUACUAUGAUGCUGCAUCUGGGUGUUAUUGCGCUGCAUCUACAGGAACCUGGUACUCGUACGAUGAACAAUCAGGCACAUACACAGAAAUGCACGGCGAACAAACCGGCAUGCACAAAGAAGUAGAGGGAGAGGGGGUCAAGGAGUAGACGAGGUGUAACAGUUUGCCCCCAAGAUAGGUGGUUUCUACUCCCCAGUGUUUUGUUGAUGCGGUGUAGCUUCAGUAUGCAGUAGAGCUGUAGAGGCCCCCUGGAUCUCAACUAUCAUGUUGACGAGGAAAAGAGCUGGUUACUGAUGAUUGUAGGAUGUUAAUUGAAGUUCAUGCGAUCAUCCACGGAGCGUUUGCCCAGUUAUGAGUUGUCGUUUUUCUCUAACCAUUUGCCGACUGGCCCACCAUGUUCAUGCAGAAAGGAAACCUGUAACAUGUGUUAUGAUACAUCGCCCUUUGUGAAAUUGGAACCUCACUGUAACUUGUUGGACCAUAUACGUAGAAGUAGGAUGAUAGUUGGUCCUGAUUGAAGUUGCUUUGACAGAGAAGGUUUUGUAGCGCUGAAUGUUGCGUACUUGGCAUACCACGAGCACUUAAUUUUCUCUUCGUUGCUCUA